AUGAAACUGGCACGUUCCAGUUGGAAGAUGACCCAAGACGAUAGGCGACCCAACACGGCGGGAUGCGCGAAAGCGCCCGGCCUCGCCAAACUGGGUCCUCGGCCAGGUUCCGCUGCGGACGUCGCGUCGCCGGUCGUCGGUGACGAUCGCGCGAGUCCGUUGAAGGCGCCAAGUGGCCACAUGAAAAUCGCCGACAUCGUGAACCGGAAUCGACGCAAGACGAGCUCGAGCGCCGACCUGAUCAAGGAUUUUGAAGGAGCCGUUCGAAAAGUCGUCGACGGCAAGCGAUCCGAGUGCGACAAACUCAAGUACACCGCCGAGAAGAAGCGCGACGAGCUGGACAAACUCAAGUUGGCGCUGCGGGAUCUGCGGGCCGACUGCGCCGCGCUCGGCAUGAACGAGUUUCCAGACCCGUCCGAGCGUCUCGAGUCCAUUUCGUCCGUGAGUCGACGGCCGCUGUACGCCAAGAAGACGAACAUUCGCGUGUUGGAGGAACAGUUGCGGCUAAAAGUCGUCGACACGAUUGCCGUCAUGCGCAAGACCCUCACAUAUGACCACAUCAAGAAGCGGCACGAGAUGGAGAAAGCGCAGCUGCUGAAAGCCAAAGCCGACCUGACGCAAGAACUCCGGGAAAAACAGCAACGCUUGCAAGAAUGCCACCGCGUCGAGCUGUCGGCGAGUGAAUCUCUGAACCAAGUCCAGACGCGACUUGUCCAGCUCAAAGCCGACAUUGCGGCGGAUAUUCGGUUGUACGAGACAGAGCUGCACCUCCGCCAACGUUGGAUUAAAGAAAAGACCAAGUUUGAGUCGUUUUACGCGAACCAGGUAGUGAGCGCGGCGGCGGCGGCAACGUCGGUGUCCAAGGUGCACAGCCCUGCCGCAGACAAGAGGAAGAUGCAAAUGGACAGGAAACAAUCGUCCAAGCACUGGAAGCAAGCGAUGACAGCUGUGGAAUACGAGGUCGCGUCGCGCAAAGAGCAGCAAAACAAAGACGCAUUUCUUCGCCUGGGGGUGCCUCGGGGCGUCGUCGACCCGGCGCAGAUCAUUGCGAUGUGCGGGACCCACGACACUUUAAAGCAAGAGUUACUCCAGCGACAAGCUGAGCAGGUUCAGAUCUUGGCCGCGACCAAUUCACGAAUCGACGAAGUCAAAGCCGAACUGCAGCAGUCGCAGUUGGGCACGGUGAGAUCGAGCGAUCGUGACUUGCAAGACGCCCAAGACGACCUUGUCGCUGCGGAAAAGGCGAUGCACAAAGCCCGGGAAGAGUACGAGUACAUGCACCAAAUGAUGCAGCCGGUGAAAGCAGGAAUCCUUCAAAUUGUGGCCCAAGUGACUGGAAAGACCGUCGACGUCGACAACAUUCACGCAAUUCAAGACGCGUUGCAAGCGGUCGAGAAGGAGCUCUUACAAAUCAUCCCAGACUUGACUGCUCCAGCCACGGACGAGGCAGGAGCGUCGGGUGGCAACGGUAGCCCUGCAGGGCAUGCAGCUCCUUCCCCUCUCACGUCGCUGGCCCCUGGAGACGUCACGUCUCCAUACAAUAUCCGAAUUCGCCCCAAGGAGCACUGGACAAAAGGCUCGUCAGCCACAGGAACGGGCAAGAUCGUGGAAGGAUCGUCGAUGGCGCCAGGAGUUGUUUCCAAGAAGGGCAAGGACAAAGGCCCGUCGGAGGAUGGAACCGGGGCGCUCAUGGACCGCACGACUGUCAAACAGCUCGCGUCGACGAUGGCGGCGCAAAAUGCCCCAAAGAAGAAGAAGCCUUAACGUUUUGAACGACUGACGCUACACUACGAUGUCGGCCACAGAUCUGUAAAAUCGAGCAUACUCCUUGAGAUAUUUGUCCAGACAUGGUCGAGAGCAAAACGCGUGCUUUGAUACUUCGUCCUGAACAACACACCCCGCCUUGUACAACCGAUAGCACUGCCAACAACUUGCCUUUGCUUCCACGGGACUCCCUGUGCUCGCGGUGGCCUGCUCUGGCCGGUGUUGGUUCGCAGGCGGGUCGUUUCCUCGCCAUGCCUGCAAUGCUUGCAAAAAGUUUGCAUGGCUCUGUUCUUCAUCGAAGUCACCACUCAGGAGCUUUCCUCCAAGGAGGGGCGGUGUGGGGGCGAUAUCGGCCAGCGGAUUUGUCCAGAAUAGUGUGUCGUCGUCGCCGUCCUUGGCCCCUUCAUCCGCUCUCUGUUGGUCAGACGCCCGCCAGUCCAGCAGCGCCUUCAAGAAGGACGCAUGGCUGUCGUCUUCGUUGAAAUCUCCGUCGGCCAAGUUCACUGGCACUUCGCCAGACGGACGACCUGUCCCUGAUUCGGCUAACGGCGUCAACUGCGACCAAUGUGCGACUUUUUUCGGGGGCAAUGCCAGCGGAGCGUCAUGGAGUUUGUUGUCCACAACUUCUCGUUGCUGGACGUGAUUCUGCUGGUUGUUUGUGGCGAUGCCUCCCCUACCGCUGCUGCUGCUGCGCUUGAGCUGUUCAAUUUGCUGUAAUAAUGCCUUUCGUUCGCUUGACUCGGUCACUUGCAGGUAGUCCAAGUCGGCUGGGGUCAAGUCUAGCACGACUGCACCGUUGACUUCGUUGAAUUCGAACGUCGAUGCAAGAUGGCCUAGGCGGAUCGAUGCCAGCCAUUCAGUCACCUGUGGAACGGUCCAAUCGGCGACGACACAGCGACUAGCUGUGAGCUGCCCCCCACUUUCUCCUUUCUUGGAUGCUUUCUUUGCCUUGGAAGGAACUUUUGUCUUGACGUCCUGCGCAUACUGCCGGACACUUCCCCGGUCUUCGCGCGCACUUCGCCAUCGAUUUCCGCCCUUCAUCUUGGAAUGAUCUUUUUCGCGCUGCGCCUGCUGCUGCGCCAUGCUCACCUUGACCUGUUUGAGCUGGGCCUCCAUCUGCAACGCUUCAUGUUCGAGUCGCUCGGAUUCUUUGACUUUGUAGCCUUGCUGCCCUGGAAGGGGUUUCGCCUUGCCAAACAUCCCUGGCACUGCUCUUUCCUUCAUGCUGCUCUGCCGGGGCCCACGUGCAACUCGGUUCGGCUCACUGUGAUCUGCGGCGG